AUGGAUGAAAUUUUCGGAUACAUGGAUGGAAAUUUUGAAGUAUCAUUAACAGAUUCAACAAUGAUGUCAAUAGUUCAUCGCGCCAUGAACAAGGCUCAAGAGAAAAUGAAAACAAAAACCGGAGUUCUCGAAAGAUUGAAUGAGAUAUCAAAAUUUUAUGAAUUGGCAGUGAUGCAACUUGAAGGUUGUCUAACCAUUGUCCACACCGAGACCGAUAGUAGUUGCCUCGAAAGCAAUCACAAAAAACUACUCGACGACUUGAGAGAAAUAAAGGAUCGUCUUCAAGGACGUUUGGAGGAAUCCGAAUUGAUUAUUUCGGAGAAGGAUAGAGAGUUGUCACAAAGAUUGAAGAAAAAUCAAACAACUAGUGAGAACAAAGGUAGGAGUGAUGGUGAGUUAGGUGAGUUGAGGAGUAGCAUGGAUCAACAAAUGUUGAAAUUUAAACAAAGACUUGAGCCACAACUUGACAUGGUUGAAAAUGUGGUAACACAAACACAUAAUGUGGUUGUGAAUGACACAAAAAAGAUUGAAGAGAUGGGUUCGGAUAUUGAUGUAUUGAAGCAAACUAUGGAUCUUGCUUUUUGUAAGAUGCAAAGUGCUCUUUUUUCAUGUGAGAUGAGGCCAAAAGAAAUGCAAUGGAAGUUGAAGAUUGAAAAAUAUAUCAUUUCUAUAUUAAUUUCUAGUUUCAUGAACGAGUUCCAAGAGAAUAUUGAGGUAGAAGCUAGAAGGAAUGAGAAUCGUGCUCACAAAUGUUGGCAAGAGCAUUGGUCACAAAUGAUGAAUGAAUUUACAAGAUUAAAGAAUGAACUAAUCACCAUGCAUGACUCAUUUCCUGAUGAAUAUGAUUCUUCUGCGCUUUCUUCCCCGACAAAAUCUUCGUCGGAAGAAGGAACUCAUGAAGCAUUUCAUAAAUUUCCGCCAAAGUCGGAAGAAAAAGAUCAUAAGGAGGGAGAGUUACAAGAAGAGGAAGAGAAUGAAAAGAAAAGUUUAGUUGCUAAGAUCAUCAAGAGUCAUGAAUCUAUUAUUCGACAAAAGAACGAAGAACUAAAUCGGAUUAAAAAUCAGAAAAAAGCAUCAUCGUCAAGAAAAAAAAAGGAACUAAGCAUCGUAAAAGAAAAAAUUUAUAUUCUAAGUGAAAGAUUUGAUAAUCUUAUAAAAAGGAAUGAGAUUCAAGGUGAAUCUCUUUUUAACCAAAAAGCUAUUCAUCACAAGGAAACACUUCCAAGGAAAGAGUUAUCAUCACAAGAAGAUGAGAUUGAGCUUGAGAAGCUAAUACAAGAGAAUGUACAUAAAUGCUACUUUAAAGAAAUGAUGAAUGAGAAACAAGGUGAAUCUCUUUUCAACAAAAAAGCUAUUUAUCUCAAGGAAACACUUCCAAGGAAAAAGCUAUCAUCACAAAAAGAUGACAUUGAGCUUGAGAAGCUAAUACAAGAGAAUGUACAUAAAUGUUACUUAAAAGAAAGGAUGAAUGAGUUGAAUGAAAAAAUUGAGACAAACAAAAUCAAAAGGAGAAUUAGAGAAGACACAAAUUUUAUUGUCUUUUUUGAGGAAAGGAAGAAGUUAUCUUCACAAGAAGAUGAGGUUGAGUUUGAGAAGCUAAUACAAGAGAAUGUACAUAAAUGUUACUUGAAAGAACGGAUGAAUGAGUUGAAUGAAAAAAUUGAGACAAACAAAAUCAAAAGGAGAAUUAGAGAAGACACAAAUUUUAUUGUCUUUUUUGAGGCAAUUAAGGAUGUCAAAUCCAAUCAUGAGUUUGUCUUAGCUAAGGAAAAUUUGGAAGAUGAAAUAGAAGGAACCAUAAAGGAAGAUAUAUGCAUGCUUGUGGUUAAGAAAACUAUUGAAGAACUCAACAAAAUGGUGACAAAUUGCAAAGUUGAAAAUUUAAUAAGAGAACAAAUAGAUCAAAUUGUGUUUGAAGAAACAUUGGAAGUUUUUGUCAAUAUUUCAAAUUCUCAUCAUAGAAAAAACAUCAAGAUACAAGAGAAUUUCUCUACUAUGGUAUUAAAUCAAGUGCAAAAAUUUCAAGGGCAUGAGAAUUUGACAAUUAUAUUGUUAGAGUCUCUACUUGGUUGUUUUGAAGCCGAGGAGAAUCUAAUGUUAAGUGCACAUUCUGAGAUCAAAGAACAUAGCAAACAACUCGACUUAGGUUCAGAACGUGGUGACCUACACGAGUAUGAACUAUUUGAAGAUUUGAUAACCGGAGAAGAACAAACCUUUUCUUCACUAACAAGUAAGGUAGAAAAUGGUUUGCAACAAUUAGGUUUAGGUAAAGCACUUUUAAAGGAGUUAGGGGCAAGCUUAGGACAUAGUCUUCGUGACUCGAAAAGUUUUCAUCGUCAAAUGUUUGAUAAUGAACAAGAACAACUGAAGGUGCCUUCUUUUGAACCUACAACAUUAGUAGAAUUUGAGGUUACAGUAUAUCAAAAAUUGGAGAUGUUGACUAUGAGGUUGGAAAAGAUGAAAUGUUGCGUGGAUUCGAUCAUUAAGAUAGUUGAUUGUUUGAGAAGAAAUGAGUUACUUUACCAAAAGGCCUUCAUUAGAAGAUGUCAGAAUCUCCAAAAUGCUGAAGCUGAGGUUGAUCUUCUUGGAGAUCAAGUGGAUGCACUUUUGACAUUACUUGAGAGGAUAUAUGCAACCCUUCAUCAGCAUGCACCAGCCUUGAAGCAGCACUUUGAGGUUUUUAAAAUAUUGGAGUUGAUAAAAACAGAACUGAUUAAUGGAGCUUUUCAAGCUACAAGUGUGGCGACUUAA